AUGAUUAUGCAAAAGCUUAUUGAACAAAAACCUCCUAUGCACUGGGAAAGGUAUGUGUGGAACAAAAUGUGCAUUAGUAGAUACAAAUUCAUUAAUUGGCUGGUUAUGAGAGGUAGAUUACACACUGCAGAGAGAAGUGUGAUUUAUGAUCCAACUGUUUCCCCAUUGUGCUUAUUAUGUGGUGAAGCUGAUGAGACUCAGACACACCUACUUUUCCAAUGCUGCUAUAGUAAGCAAGUACUGGUUGUUAUCAAGAGAUGGAUGAAUAUUGAGAGCCCUGGUGAGGAGUUAAGUGGAUUGAUCAGGAGUAUUUCUAGAAGCAGGAGAUCAAAAUUCCAAAAGGAUGCAUGUAAUGCAGUAAUAGCAGGGGCAGUGUAUGGUAUUUGGAUGGCAAGGAAUGAUUGCAAAUGGAACUUAAAAGUUCCUACUAUACUGUGCAUAGUGAAAAUGAUGAAGGAGAAUGUAAGAAGGAGAAUUUUCCUUGUUAUGCCAAAAAAUGUAUCUAGAAUAGAUAGGAGCUGGUUUCAAUCAUUAUGA